GAGCGAGACUGCUCUUCUGAUUCUCCGUGCCGGGCGGGCUAGGCAGCGCGGCGGCCGAUGAGAUUGACGGCGUGGCGGUCGCGACAAUGCAAACCCCUCGUCCCUCCUACGCGCACCACCAGCUCCAGCAGCACCUCUCCUCCCUCCUUUCCGCCGCCGCCGCCGAUCCCCCGCACCCCUCCGACGAUGCCUCCCGCACCGCCGCCCUCUCCAACCUCCGUCUCUCCUUCCUCCACCCACCUAACCGCCCCCUGUUACCUGCCCUCGCUCCCUUCCUCGCCCCGCCCCUUUCGGUCCUCCUCGCCGACGAUGCGUCCUAUGCCGUGCGGCGGGCGGCGGUAUCGGCGUACGCGGCGCUCUGCGCGGUGCUGUGCUCGCACGAAGCGCCCGGGGGCCUGCCGGACGGGUUCGUCGCCUGGGCACUGCCGCUCCUGGGUGACCCCUCCUCAGCUGCUCUCGUCGCCGAGGGGCUCCGGGAGCUCCUGUCCACUGGGGACGUGUCCCCAGUCGAGAGGUUCGUGCCGCCUCUCCUUGCAGCCUGCCGUGACGUGCUAGAGGAUGAGCGGAUGUCGCCCGCUGUGCUCCGGUGUCUGCUCAGCCUGCUUAUGUUGGUUGCCGCCAAGUUUCCCCACUGCUUCCGUCCACAGUUUGUUGAUAUCAUGGACCUGCUUCUUGGGUGGGCGUUUGUGCAGGACCUAGCUGAUGCAGAUCGCAGCAUGAUCAUUGAUAGUUUUCCGCAGUUUCAGUGGCAUUGGCUUGGGAAUCUGCAGUUUUCACUUGGAUUACUGCCCAAGUUCUUGGCCGAUAUGGAGGGGCUUGUGCAUGAUCUCAACCUGGGAGGCAGCCAUAAUCCUGGGAGGCUUCGUUCGCUGUUUGCUUGUUUCUCUACGGUACUGCAGAUUAUGUCUUCUGGUGUGGCUGAGCGAAAUAACCUAAGAGAACUUGUAGCUGGGCCUCUGGAAGGUUUAGCUCCUCAACUUUUAAGGUGUGCAUCAGUGAUAGCCUCUAACCUUGGCUGGUCUGAGAGGAUGGAAGACGCAUCCAAAUGCUUGGUCUUGCUUGCAGAGAUUCUGCAGGAAAGGUUUGCUGAUUUUUAUGUCCAUUUUGUGGAUGUGUUGGUCCAGAGCUUGGAAGUUGCCUCCUCGGCACAGUUGGCGGCAGCACUUAAGACUAACCUGCAAGUUCUAUCACUGCAAAAUUUGGGGCUCCAUGCAGCUUCUGUUGGAGCUUUGCUUGACUUCAGUUCAAUUUUAUCUAAGUCACGUCUUCAUCCAAACCACAGCGUGGUUGCAAACUCAGCAGCUACCUACAUUUUUUGCUUACAGCAUGGAUUGGAAGAUGUAGUUGAUCAAGCAAUUGCAUCAGUGAUGAAUGAGUUGGAGCUGAUAAAAUCUCUGCUAGCGGAAGGGCAAGCAAGUUGCCCUGAUAUCCAUAGUCCCCCCUUAGAAUUGAACAGUGAAAGGAAAAACGAGUCGAACUCAGGUGUGCAUUGUUGGCCACAAUAUUCAGAGGAUCAGUUGCUUUGCCUAAUGAAAUUUGAUCUCAAGAUUCUUCUGGCGACUAUUGCACUGGAUACAAAAAAGAGAAAUGAGAGAACAACUAACUUGAUACAAUUCAUCUUAAAGAAGCUUGACCCAUUUGGUGCCCCUUUCCAUAAUUUCCUUGAGAUGCAGUUUCAGAUUUUCUCUACACUACACAAACUGAGCAACAUGGAACUCUCAAGCAAUAUGCCAGCAUCUGAACCAUUUGAAAGAGACUCUGGAGGUUAUAAAACACAGCCGGUUGUGUUAGAAAAGAAGAUUUCUUGUGAAUGUAAAAAGAAGUUUGUGCAUAAAUAUGGCAAAUACAUAGUUCAGGGCCUUAAUGCAUCAUCAUCUUUGACACUGAAAUUAGAGGCUCUAGAUUGGAUAGGUUCAUUUGAAAAAUUGAUCCAUGGAUUGGAGAGGGGUGUGGAUAAUUUCAGUUUCUCUUAUGAGGUAAUUUGGGAUGCUACCCUUUCGAGUGAUAUCCUUUUUGCUGUCUUGGAUUGUGCAUAUGAUAGGGAGUCUAAAGUAAGGUACCAUGUUGCAAUAACCUUGGAGUUACUAUUUCUGGGAAGGCUCAUCAACCCCAUGAAUUUCUAUGUUGUUGCUCAGGUUCUGCUAGACAAGCUUAGUGAUCCAGAUAGUAAUGUAAAGGAUGCAUUCUUAAGGUUAUUUUCAAUCACCUUGCCUAUCACAACAUAUGCGUUUGGCUUGUUUGCAGAUGAACAUAAUUAUCGUAAUUCCUCAGAUAUUGUUAACAUGUCCAACCAUUGCAUGAACUGGAGGCAUGUGCUUGCUGUGAAGCAACAGCCUAGGAAACUCCACUGGCAGCAGCUUGUUUCUGUUUUGAGUUACCUUUCUCUCAGAUUGAAGUUACCUCUUUCGUCUUGGGUGCAACGGCUGGUCUUUAGUUACCGUGGGAAGAAAGAUACGCGUUAUGGUCAAAUUGAUAUGUUUGGAGAUGCUGAUGGGAAUGAACUCCCCAAAGGCCCUGGUGUGGACAGAAAUACUAUUGAUAUAAUAUACUCAGUAAAUAAUCAUGCUGCUGUUUGGUGGGGAAUCCAUGAAGCUGCCCGGCACUGCAUUAACCUUCGGCUUCGAACUCAUCUAGGUGGUCCCACUCAGACAUUUGCAGCUCUAGAACGCAUGCUUUUGGAUGUAACAAAUGUAUUAAUGGUGGAAGCUAAGGAAGCUGAAGGAAGGUAUAUAGGGCCAGCUGACAUUUGCUUAUUGCCAAUGCGUCUUCUAUUGGAUUUUGUUGAGGCAUUGAAAAAAUAUGCUUACAAUGCAUAUGAAGGUUCCUUUGUUCUAUCACCCCCACCAAAAGCAAGUUCCGUGUUUUUCCAUGCAAACAAACGAGUUUGUGAAGAGUGGUUUUCACGAAUUUGUGAUCCAAUGUUGAAUGCAGGAUUAGCUAUGCAUUGCAGUGAUGCAGUCAUUCACUAUUGUUCACUGCGGCUGGUAGAUCUCAGAAACCUGGCUGCAUCAUCUCUCAGAGGCAAUAGUCACAUGGGUGGGGCUACUGAAAGUCAUGCCUUUAGAGAGAGGUUAGAAGCAGAUGUUAUGAAAGUCCUCCGGCAUGCUUCCCUGGCACUCUGCAGAUGUCAUGAAACAGAUGCCUUAGUUGGACUUCAGAAGUGGGCUGCAUCAACAUUCUAUUCUUACUUUGAGCAAGAUAAUCAACUAGUUCGGGGCGUAUCUGAUCGCGACAAUCGCUUCUCCUGGAUAUCAGGAUUGAUCUAUCAAUCCCAGGGGCAGUAUGAAAAGGCUGCUGCACAUUAUUCACAUCUACUGCAGUCGGAGGAAGCCCUUAUCUCCAUGAAAUCUGAUGGCAUUCAGUACAUCAUAGAGCGUGUUAUUGAGUGCUACACAUCCCUUUCAGAUUGGAAAUGCUUAGAGAGUUGGCUUGCUGAGUUACAAGUGCUCCGUGCUGUACACGCCGGCAAACCUUUUUCAGGAGCUCUAACAAGUGCUGGCAACGAACUUAAUGCUAUCCAUGCAAUGGCGUGCUUUGAUGAGGGGGACUUUCAUUCAGCUUGGGGUUAUCUUGACCUGACUCCAAAAAGCAGCAAUGAGCUCACCCUUGAUCCCAAGGUUGCACUUGAGAGAAGUGAACUUAUGCUUUUGCGUGGAAUGCUGCGAUGUAAUAGCAAGUUAGAGGGCAUAACAGAGGAGCUUCAUAAGGCUAAAUUGAUGUUGGAUGAAGCACUCACUGUUGUCCCACUCAAUGGAUUGCCUCAAGCUGCUGCUUGCGCUGGCCAGCUUCAUUGCAUAUUUGCAUUGGAAGAAGCCUUGGGGUUGACCUCCCAAAAUGGACUUAAUCAAUCACAAUCAAUAAUGGAUUCUUUACUGAAAGCACUGCAUGAUCCUGUCGAUAAAAUGCAUCAAGAUUGCAACAUGUGGCUAAAGGUCUUCAAAGUGUACCGUAAUACACGGCCAUCUUCUUUAUCCACUCUUCUUCUCUGUCAGAAGCUUGCAAGUCUUUCUAGAAAGCAGAGCAAUUUUAUGUUGGCUACUCGUUUAAAUCAAUACCUCAUAGAUCAUCCUUUGAAGUCAUCUGAUGAGAUGGACAAGGAAAUACUUGAAUUGAACAUUAAGUAUGAAGGUGCCUUGCUGAAGCAUGCAAAUGGAAAUAAUGAAGAGGCUCUAUCUGAUCUGUGGUCACUGGUCCGAGCUAGUGUUCUGUCUAGAGUUAGUUGUUCAUCUGGCAUUGGCACUUCACAUUCACUGGUUGCUAGGGCUUGUUUGAAACUCUCAACCUGGAUGGAGCAAGCGAACUCAAGUCCUUUAAAUUCGAUCAUUCCAAUGGUAGUAAAAGAUUUCAGCGAUUCUGAUGGAUUUCAAGAUGGGGCAGAGAAACUUCUAUCUGGUGAUAGUGUAUCUGUUUCGACUUUGGAUUAUCAUGCACUUGCUCAAGAAAUCAUAGGCACUGCUCGAAAGAUAUCCUGGCAACUUUGCCCCACUAUGGGUAAGGCUUGGCUUGCUUAUGCAUCCUGGUGCUUUGCUCAUGGCAGUUAUUCUCUGUCUGGAACUGAUUCAAAUUUGCAGAAUUCACUGUCCCCUGUUCUUCAGUCUGAACUCUCCCCGAGUAGAUGUCAUUUAACAGAUGACGAGAAAUCUGAGGUGGGUGAAAUAAUCAGAAGUAUCUGUGCUGAUGAACAUGCAAAUCAUGUGGGUUGUGAAUACCCAAUGACACCAGGGUGUUACAAUUCUGCACCAGAGCACCCCAUAUCUUUACUUGUUGAACAGGCAAUUAGUUUGAUAGAAACUGCAGCUGGAGCACCAGGCUUUGAGUCCCGCGAAGGUGAUGAUCCCUCUGCAGUUCUAGCAUCAGAGCUGGUGGUUCUUUGUAAAUGUGAUUCUGGAAAGGACACUGCACCUUUGAUUGGCAAGCUUACUGAAAUAUGGUGGUCUUUAAGGAAAAGGAGGGUAUCACUCUUCGGACAUGCGGCACAUGCUUAUUUUCAGUAUCUUUCCCAUUCAUCAACUGAGCUUCAAUCUUCAUAUCACCAUGAUGCUUUGAAAGGGAAAACAAGAAGCUACACUAUGCGUGCGAUGCUGUAUCUACUUCACAUAAUGUUGAACUAUGGGGUGGAACUGAAGGAAACACUUGAAAGUGGGCUUUCAACAGUUCCUUUAUUGCCAUGGCAGGAGAUUAUACCUCAACUUUUUGCACGCUUGAGUUCCCACCCAGAGAAGAUAGUGAGGGAACUUUUGGAGAGUAUAUUGCUGAAGCUAGGAAAGUUAUCUCCUUGCUCUAUUGUAUAUCCUACAUUGGUUGAUAUCAGUGCUUGCGAAGGAGAACCCUCUGAGGAGCUUCAGCGCAUAUCGGACUUUAUGGUUAAGCUAUACCCCAAUUUAAUUAAAGAUGUUAAGCUUGCAAUUGAGGAGCUAGGUAUGAUUACUGUUCUCUGGGAGGAACAAUGGCUCAGCACAUUACAAGAUCUCCAUUCAGAUGUUUUGAGGAGAAUCAAUAUACUUAAAGAUGAAGCUGUAAGGGUUGCUGCAAAUUCUACACUGAGUUCGGCAGAAAAGAACAAGAUUAAUGCUGCAAAAUAUUCUGCUGUUAUGACUCCAAUAGUUGUAGCCUUGGAACGUCGUCUGGUGUCUACAUCUCGUGAACCAAAAACACCCCAUGAAAUGUGGUUCCAUAAAGAAUACAAUGCUAAGCUGAAAUCUGCAGUCACAACCCUUAAGAUGCCCCCUGGAUCUCCAGCAGCAUUAGGAGAGAUUUGGCAACCUUUUGAUUCAAUUGCUGCUUCUUUAGCCACACAUCAAAGAAGGUCACACAUAAUGUUAAGUGAAAUUGCUCCACAGCUAGCUGUUUUGUCAACCUCUGACAUUCCAAUGCCUGGUUUUGAGAAGAUACUUGGUUCCUCAGAAUCCUUUUCUGGAAACCAUGGCAUUGUAACCAUAUCUUCCUUCUGUAAAGAGGUAACAAUACUUUCAACAAAGACAAGGCCUAAGAAGCUCAUCUUGCAAGGAUCGGAUGGUCAGAGGUACACUUACCUUCUCAAGGGCCGGGAAGAUUUACGCCUUGAUUCACGGAUAAUGCAACUGUUGGAGGCAAUAAAUAGCCUGUUGUAUUCGUCUUCCGACACUCGAAGUCGAAAUAUCACACUACGGUUCUAUUCCGUUACACCGGUUAGUGGACGAGCUGGACUGAUCCAGUGGGUGGAAAAUGUAAGCAGCAUAUACAAUGUGUACAAAUCAUGGCAAAAGCGUUCACAGUUGGCACAUGCACAUGCAGAGGCACAAGUAUCUUCAGUUAGCACUGGUAACAUUCACAACCCUGUUGCACCUGUUCCCCGUCCAAGUGACAUGUUCUAUGGAAAGAUUAUACCAGCACUGAAAGAAAAAGGGAUAAAAAGGGUAGUCUCACGAAGAGAUUGGCCAUUAGACGUUAAAAGAAAAGUUCUAUUGGAGCUUAUGAAUGAGACUCCGAAACAGAUUCUGUGGCAAGAAAUGUGGUGUGCAAGCGAAGGGUUCAGAAACUUUAACUCCAAAGUAAAUAGAUUCUCCAGGAGCGUAGCAGCCAUGAGCAUAGUUGGCCAUAUACUGGGUCUUGGAGAUAGACAUUUGGACAACAUUCUUAUGGAUUUCAGCAAUGGGGAUGUGGUUCAUAUUGAUUACAACAUAUGCUUUGAUAAAGGGAAGAGGUUGAAGAUUCCAGAAAUUGUUCCAUUCCGUCUCACUCAAACAAUUGAAUCAGCUUUAGGAUUGACUGGCGUGGAAGGUGUUUUUAGAGUUACUUGUGAGGAAGUUAUGGGUGUCCUCUUGAAGAACAAAGAUAUUAUCUUGAUGUUGUUGGAAGUAUUUAUUUGGGAUCCAUUGAUUGAGUGGACACGUGGAAAUAUCCAAGAUGAAGCAGGAAUUGCCGGUGAAGAGAAGAAAGGAAUGGAAUUAGCAGUUAGUUUGAGCUUGUUCUCUUCUAGAAUUCAAGAAAUUCGUGUUCCUUUGCAGGAGCACAAGGAUCUUUUCUUAACUAAUUUGCCAGCUACAGUAUCGUCUCUAAAGAAAUUCUUGGAUAUUUUAGAUCAGUAUGAGGUUGCAUCGGCUAUAUUUUAUCAUGCUGAGAAAGAGAGAUCAAGUGUUUUGCAGCAUGAAAUGUCGGCUAAGUUGGUCCUAGCUGAUGCUACAUCGGGUGCUGAGAAAUCUCGCACUUCAUUUGAAAUUCAUGCUCACGAGUUAGCAGAAGCAAAAGCGGCGGCAGUUGAUGAAGCUAACAAGCUUGCAAUAUGGGUCGAAAAACAUGCACUGGUUCUUGAGGCUAUACGGGAGAACUCUGUUGCGUGCAUUGAGUCAUGCAUGCAAUUGAAUUGUAAGGACAAGACAUUGAGCCUUAUUUCAGCCGUCCUAGAAUCAGGGGUCCCACUUACAGUUGUACCAGAACCAACAAGAGCGCAAUGCUCGGAAUUGGAUAGGGAGAUUUCUCAAUUAUUAUCUGAGUUACAGGGUGGACUUUCCUCUGCUUUAGACUCACUUGGUGAAUAUUCUUUAGUCUUGAAGCAAGUUCUUCCGGUUAACUACAUCACAACCAGUCCGGUUACUAGUUGGGCGCAAGUCUUGCAGCGAUCUGUAAGGAGUACAUCGCAAGAUAUGCUUUCCCUGGCUAAAAUACAGGCUGCAGAAGUCAUUGCUAAGGUUCAAGGUGAAGGCAUUAAUCUGGUGCAACAAAGAUAUCAGGAUCUCGUAAAUCAAAUGGAAAGUUAUGUUUCAUGUGUGGAGAAACUUGCGAGGGAGUGUUCUGAACUGAUGAAUUCUAUUGGGUUGAAUAACGAAGUGCAAUCAAAAGAGCGGAUACUUUCUGUAUUCAUGAACUCUGUUCAGUUGCCUUCACAAAAGAAGGAUGGUGAUAGUACUCAUUUAUCGCAUUCAGGAAGUCCUCAGCAGGGUGAGAUCAAAACUCCAGCCAAGGGCGAUGUACAGGAGACAACAGGUAAGGUCCUCUCUAUUCUUGGGAUUGCUGUGAGUCAGCUAUAUGGUGAUAUUAGAGCCAAAGUGUCUGAACUCUCAAUUAAAGCUAUUGGAAAAGCUAAAUUUAGGACAGAUGAUUCUGGUCUUCAAGCUGAUGCUGGAAUGAGCUUGCAAGUAUUUGAACAACAUAUAGAAAAAUGUGCAUUAAUUUCUGGAGUUGUUGAUGAAGUGCAUGAAGUUAUUGGGAGAACCUUAGCAGAAACAAGUGCUGCUUAUGCAAAGCCCAGUCCUAGGCACUGGGCCUCUACUUUUCAGGCAGCUUUGCACUCAAGCAUCAACUUGAUUGAACAAAUGACUGAAGCUUUUCUUCCAGAAUUUAUCAGAUCAGUUGUUCCACAUAAUUCAGAGGUAAAGGAAACCGUCAGGUCAAUUUCUGAGGUACGUGGUUCUGUUGAUAAUGCUCUAGAGAAGCUGAUUGAGGUUGAACUUGAGAGAACAUCUCUUGCUGAAUUGGAACAGAACUACUCUGUGAAAGUUGGCAGAAUUACUGAGCAGCAAAUAGCUCUUGAAGAAGCUGCUGCAAGAGGUAGAGAACAUCUAUCAUGGGAAGAAGCAGAGGAGCUAGCUUCACAGGAGGAAAUCUGUAGGGCUCAAUUGGAACAAUUACAUGAAACAUGGAGACAGAAAGAUAUGCGUAUUUUGUCACUUAUGAAAGUAGAAGACAAUAUCAUGAAUUCGCUGCUUUCUUCUAAACAGUAUGUUUCAUCUUUGGUGGACCAUGAUCAGGAAAGUGAGUUUCAUUAUGGACAAAUUAAGGCCCUCCUUUCAAUCUUCGCAAAGCCCUUUGCUGACCUGGAAUCGCUGGACCAUAUGCUAUCAUCAUCUGGCAUGUUUCCUCACAUAGACAAUCCCAUUUCCAAUAUUAAAGAUGCUUUGUCUUUGGGCUCUUCAUUGUCUGACGUGGUGUGGCCUUUAGCUGGCAUAUUGAAGGAUCAUGCUUUUUUUGUUUGGGAACUCAAUCUUCUUGAUUCGGUUCUUGUUUUAUGCAUGCGUGAGAUUUCAUCUUCUCUUGAGCAUGGCAUUAAUGCCAAUCAACUUUACAUGACUCUUAAAAAGAAGCUUGCGAUCUAUGUGGAAAAACAAGUUUUCCGGUAUGUUACAGAAAGGAUUGCUCCUGCGCUCACCCUAAAGUUAGAUGAAGAAAUUAGCGCUUUGCUGCAGCUGAGUCAAGGAAUAAGAGCAUCAGAUCAGCCUAAAAGAGAUUCUGCUGCCGUUGGAAGGGUUGCAUUAAUGCUUGAGGAGUAUUGUAAUGCUUAUGAAACAGCUAGAGCUGCCGGGACUGCAGUUUCGCUAAUGAAAAGGCAAUUAAAUGAGCUCACUGAGGCUCUGCGCAAAAUUAUUUUGGAAAUAGUUCAGGUUGAAUGGCUACAUGAUAUUUCAUCGUCUCAUGCACAGAAGGUGAAGGUUUUGUCACAAAAUAUUCUUAGUGAUGAUAAGUUCAUCUCUUUGAUGUUAAAUCUGAGCAGAAGCAAUUUGUUAGAUAAGAUCCAAUCUUCUGUCUCAUUAAUAACAAGGUCAAUUGAAGUCCUGCAAGCUUGUGAAAGCAUUUCUGUUUCGGCCGAAGGACAACUUGAGAGAGCAAUGGGAUGGGCCUGUGCUGGGCCAAAUACUUCCAGUGCAGGUGGUUCAACGGCAAAGGGUUCAGGAAUCCCCCCUGAAUUUCAUGGUCAUCUAUUAAAAAGAAGGAAAUUGCUUCGGGUGGUUCAAAAAGAGGCAUCUGAUCUUGUUAAAGUUUGCACCUCUGUUUUGGAGUUUGAAGCAUCCAGAGAUGGACUUUACUUCGUUCCUGAGGAUAAAGCUUCCGAACAAUCUUCGGACAAAGGCAGGGCCUGGCAUCAAACUUUCUUGAAUCUCCUGGCACGUCUAGAUGCGGCAUUUCAUUCUUUUACAUGUGCAGAACAAGAAUGGAAACUUGGCCAGCUCAGUCUGGAAGCUGCUGGAAAAGGCCUGUUUUCAGCUAAUAACCAGGUUUCAGUAGUCUCUGUGAAAGCAAACUCUGCUUUAGUUAAUCUCCAGGAUGUUCUUGGUGCCAUGUAUGGUCAUGCUUGUGAAGCAAGUGCAUUGCUAUCUGGAUUCAAACAUGUAUCACAAGACUGCACUGCUUUGACUUCUGAAUGUGGUUCGUUGCUCGAGGAGGUUUUAGCUAUAGCAGAUGGGUUGCAUGAUGUAUACACUCUGGGGAAGGAAGCUGCUGCUGCUCACAGUUCCCUUAUGACCAAUCUUUCCAAGGCAAAUACAAUUUUGUUUCCACUUGAGGUUUGUCUAUGUGCUGAUGUAACUGUUAUGUCUGAAGCGAUUUCAAACGAAAGAGAGAAGAACAAUGCUAGUAUGCCUCUUAUUCAUGGAAAGGCAUUAUACCAAUCUUAUAAUAUUAAAGUUAGGGAAGCUUGCAAAACUUUGGAACCUCUGGUGGGUCCACUUUCUGACAAUGCGAAGGAACUGCAUUCCAUGGUAAUGAAGCUUGGACACCUUUCAAGUCUUCAUGCUGGGAAUCUUCACAAGGCUCUAGAAGUUCCAGGAGAAAGGGAAUCUAUGAGAUCCCAGGAUUUGCUCUCAACACAUCCUGAUCUUUUGCAAAGUGAUUCAUCAACUGAGAAGGAUAGAGCCUCUCUUGGCAUGGAUUCUGGCUCUCCAGAUUUGGAAUUGAAUACUGACAUUUGUUUGCAAGAUAGAUGUUGGAUUUCACCUCCAGAGCACUCAUAUACUAGCAGUUCUGGAUGUACCACAGGGUUGACCCAGAUUAAUCCCUAUGACAACUUAGAGAAAAUAGAUGCUCUUAUGGAUGAUGGGGCUGAAAUAGAUGGUUCUGGUUCUACUGACCUGGAAACAAAAGACAGUAAUCAGGAAGUUGAAACCGAUUUGGUGGUGGGAAGAAUUGAAAGUGUGGAUAACAACAGUGCAGCAGCCUUCAGACAAGUUAGAGGACAAGAAUGUGACAACAGCGAUCCUAAAUCCUAUGGAGACUCUACUACUCGAGUGACCAGAGGUAAAAAUCCUUUUGCCCUGUCCAUCCUGAAGCAAGUGGAGCAUAAGUUACAUGGACAGAAUAUAGAUGGCACCAGGUCCUUGAAUAUUUCUGAGCAAGUUGACUAUCUUCUUAAACAAGCAACAAGCAUUGACAACUUAUGCAAUAUGUACGAGGGAUGGACACCUUGGAUAUGAUUCAAAGAUGUGACUUUCCUUCAUUGUGCAUGGACAAAUAGUCCAGCUGCACAAAAAAACGAAGGAACCGUAGCACGACCAACACAUGAUAUGGCUGCUAUGGAUGCUAGUGAAACAGGUUUAAAAUCUUUGAUUGUGUCUAUUAUUUUUUCCCUUUUAUCCAAAGCAGAGGCUGUGAUUAACUGUUUAAACAUGAGAUGUAGGAGGGUUUGAAUUCGAUCCAGCCCCUCAAAUGCUGGCAAAGAAGAGGCUCCAUGGUACGCAUGAAUGUUGAAUGGCUAUGGAUUGGUCCAAGUGAAUUAGCCAAAUAACAAUCGAGCAUACACGUGCAGCCCAUGGCCUGGUCAUAUACAAUAUCUUUUCUGCCGAACCCCAUAUAUUCCGAAUAUCAACAAUGUGGAACGCUAAGCUAGUGUACUGUUUUUGUAAUCGGGCUUGCACAUGGUAUGCGUCAAAUGUGCAAUUGAACGACCCAGCAUUUGCAAUUUGAUGGGGACACGGUACACGGCCCCUCUGGAUUAAGAGUUGAAGACCUUGUAGCGACGGUUGACCUGGCCAAAGAGGCAGAGAACAUUGAAGAAAAGAUGAGAAGGCAAGUUACUUUAGGCUGACCCUUGAUUGUUGGUCUAUUUUGGACCCCUCUUCUUAAGAUAAUGAUGUGCAGAAAAAAAAACUAUCCUCUUUUCUCCAUAGGAACCUUAUCAACUGAUGUAGACUUUAUCUGGUUCAAAUAUAAUGUACAUGCUGUACCUAUGGUUUUGGUAGUUCCCUUUUGUAACAUAUAAAGGUAGACCCACUGCCAGUCUUCCACCUUUGUGGGGUGUAGUGGAGUAAACUGAGGCAGGAGAGGCUAUUUUGAACCCAUGACUUGGUUGACUGAGACGGCGUUCAUCGUACAUAGAUGUUGGAAAUACAAUUUUUGGAACUCUGUUGCUUCUCUUA